AUGAACCCAUCGAUAUCACAAAAUCUGGACGAAUACUCGGCAUCCACAACAACAAUCAAAUUCGACAGCCCAAUCCCCCUUCUCCGUGGCCCCAUACCCGCCGGUCCACCCGACGACCCAUCAAUCAGUCCAUACGUCCUGGCUUUCACAAGCCCCCAAUCCUGGGCUGUUGCAUACAAAACCUGCGAGUCCAAAAUAAUCUCUCAAUGCGAGGAAGGUGCCAUGUUAGGGUGCGCGAUAACCGCAUCAAACAGAUGUAAGCGUCCCUGGUGGCGCAAUUUAAUUGGAGGAGCGAAGUUGGAAGACUUGAAGGAGAGGGAAAGGUGCGAGGACCGCGAAAUGCAAGGUUGUUUGGUUGCGGCUAAAGAGAAGUGCCUUGCGUUUGCCAAGGAGAAGUGUUGGAAGCCGUUUAGGGAUGCGAGAAUUGCGGUGAGGGAAGAGGAAGUUGUUAGGAAUUUAGUUUCUUUAGUUUCGGUGCCGGAGGCGAGUAGUAAGUGGAUUAGUUUGAUUGGGUCUUGGAAAUUUAAAUUUGGGGUUACUAAUUGUAAAGCGAGUGAAUUAUUGGGCUCUAAUUCAAAAUAUCAAUGGUUUUUUAAGUCGAUGUAA